GCGCGAGAGAAAGAGCGAGACGGCGCGCGACCGCGGGCCGACAACAACACAUUGCGCACAAUAUCGCGCACAAAGCGCGAGUGAGAUGGAGCUCUUCGCAGUGCAAGUUGCAAACUCUCCGCCGCGCGGCAAGUAAGCGAAUAAGAGAAGGAAAGAGAGAGGGAGAGAGAGAGAGAGAAGCUGCUGUGCGUGUAUCAUAUACCCGCACAUAAUCCCUACGCACCGAGCGACUAAGUAUAUGUAUACGAGAGGAAGAGAGAAAGAGAGGAAGCGCGCUCGAGAGCAAGGAAGACGGCGCUGCGUCAGAGAGUGCGCAAAACCAGCCCGCAGCAGCAGCAGCAGUAGCAGGGCAUAUUAUGGCAACAACAAAACCGUGAGAGAAAGAGAGAGAGAGGGAGAGAGAGAGAGAGAGAGAGAGAGCGCGCAAGCGAAGCUGGACCACGACGCCAAGUGAGAGAGAGAGAGGGAAGAGUCGGAGCACGUCAUCGUCAGAGGCAGACCUCGGCUCUUGUUGUUAUCCGGCUGUAUAGUGUACCCCAUCAGUAUCAGCAGCAGCAGCAGCAGCAGCAGUAGCCCACGGAGAUAGAACAGCGGAUCGGCUAUAGAUGGUCGAGCAUAAAGGGCUGGAGUCUUUCGGCAUCCGACGCAAGGGCAAGACCAGGCAUCAGCAGCAGCGAAGCACCAACAGCCGAGUUGCCAGCUGAGAGUCGCAGCGCUGGUAGUAGACGUAGUCGUCGCAGCAGCAGCGCAGCCCUCGUCAGCGAAGAUUGCCGCCACGGCUUUCACCGAGAUGGUUGGCCUGGCGGGCGGGGGAGCGCACCUCUACCCCUCGCCCCCGAUGCAGCCUAACCCAGAGCUAAGGGAGAUGCCUGGCAUGACUCCCGCUGCUCCAACGAGUGCUGAUGCUUGUUUAAGCAUAGUUCACUCCCUUAUGUGCCAUCGACAGGGUGGAGAGAGUGAAGGUUUUAGCAAGCGUGCUAUUGAAUCUCUGGUGAAAAAACUGAAGGAAAAAAGAGAUGAACUUGACAGCUUGAUCACUGCUAUUACGACCAACGGCGCACACCCGAGUAAAUGCGUGACGAUACAAAGGACAUUGGAUGGCAGGUUGCAGGUCGCCGGCCGCAAGGGUUUUCCACAUGUAAUUUACGCGAGAAUCUGGAGGUGGCCUGAUCUCCAUAAAAAUGAGUUGAAGCACGUGAAAUACUGCCAGUUUGCAUUCGAUCUCAAGUGCGAUUCAGUUUGCGUAAACCCAUAUCACUAUGAACGUGUUGUUUCACCUGGAAUAGACCUGUCGGGGCUGACGCUGCAGUCAGGAGUAGGGGUGGGUCCAGGUGGUCGUCUCGUCAAAGACGAGUACAGCGUGGGAGGCGGUGGCAACGUCGCCGCAGGCGCUGGAGCUGGCGUUGGUUCCGGAAUGGACGUCGACGGCGAGAUGAACCAAACGAUACAGCAUCAUCCACCGCCAGCAGGACAACCAGCAGCACCCGCCAACCCUCAGCAGUCACAGCAGCCUUUCAUGCCGAAUCUCGCCCAACCCGCAUCUGCUAACGGUGAGGGCAUGUAUAACGGGGUCGUGAGUAGUAGCAGUAACGGACCUCGCGCUCCAGCUCCAACCGGCAAACCUCACCUGGACGAUGCUGCCGCUCGACAGACCUGGAUACCUGCGGCGCCUUCUCAGCCGCAAAGCCAGACGCAGACGCAUCACUCGCCGACACCGCGAAACUUGCACCAUCGUAAUCAGCAGCAGCAACAGUCCUUGGGCUCGACGGGCGGCAGCAGUAGCAGCCAGAUUCUGAGUCCUACACAGGGACCUUCCAGCAGUGAGAGUUUCUACAGUGCAACGUCUCCCCCGCAGGAUCUCAACCAGGCACCGACGCCCGUCGAUGCUCUUCAGGCUACUCUCACUGGAGGCAGCCAAAGCUCACCAGUGUCACCUGUGCAUUUGCACCAUCAGAACGGUUUCGCGGUGGCUACCGUUGCUAACCCCUACAACACCGGUGCACCUCAAUGGACCGGCAACAACACUCUCACUUACACGCAGAGCAUGCAGCCACCUGAUCACCGACAUCUCCACGCGACUCCCUAUUGGGGUAAUCACGGAGGCGAGGUACCUGGGAAUAUAGGAACAGGAGCAACUCCAGGAUUAUUGUCAAGCCAGCCAGCGCCAGAGUACUGGUGCUCGGUAGCUUAUUUUGAACUGGAUACACAGGUUGGAGAAACAUUCAAAGUUAGCAGCAACUGCCCGAAUGUCACCAUCGACGGCUACGUCGACCCUAGCGGUGGCAACAGAUUCUGUCUUGGUGCUCUAAGCAAUGUACACCGCACAGAUCAGAGCGAGAAAGCUCGACUUCACAUUGGCAAAGGCGUAGUAUUGGAUUUGCGGGGUGAGGGUGAUGUCUGGCUCCGAUGUUUGAGCGAACACAGUGUUUUCGUUCAAUCAUACUACCUAGACAGAGAGGCCGGCCGUGCGCCAGGUGACGCCGUCCACAAGAUCUAUCCUUCAGCGUACAUCAAGGUUUUCGAUUUACGUCAAUGCCACAAACAGAUGCGAGGCCAAGCCGCCACGGCACAAGCUGCUGCUGCGGCUCAGGCUGCCGCUGUUGCAGGGCACCUGACCCAUGGUGCACCUAUCACCAAAAGUCUUAGUGCAGCUGCUGGUAUUGGCGUCGAUGAUCUGCGUCGGCUCUGCAUUUUGCGCUUAAGCUUCGUCAAAGGAUGGGGUCCUGAUUAUCCGAGAAAUAGUAUAAAGGAAACUCCGUGCUGGAUAGAGGUACAUCUGCAUCGUGCGUUACAACUUCUUGACGAAGUGCUGCAUACGAUGCCUAUCGAUGGGCCACGUGGAAUCGAAUAGCCGCAGCCUUUGGGCAGUAGUAGCAGCAGCAUUAGCAGCGGUCCGUUGACGUAAAAGAAAGAACGAGACAAAUACUCGAUCCGAUUCUUUUCUCUUUCUGCUAUCGAGGAAAAAAUAUGUACUAAGUGUGGGCUUAAAGCGUACCUACGCGCUCACACACGUACUAUGAAUAAAAAAAUUUACCAAGCCAAGCGAGAAGUAAUGAGAGGCAAGCCAUUAUAUAAAUAUAUAUUAUAAAUAAUAAAAAGGUUAAAAUUGCGAAAAGCGUGCUUGACGAAUUAUUACAAAGCGCGACUCAUUCGAAUAUUUCAUAUGCGCUGUACAUUAACUAUAAAUGGAUGAUGAAUGAGAAUGUAGUUUUAUAAUACGACGGUUAAACGUACAAAGACAGACAAAAAAAAUGAGAUAGACGGAUACACACAGCCUUUUGCACGUAUUUGCAAAUUGACAAAGUUAUGAAGAGAGCAAGAGAAGUGUGUACGCAUGUACGUGCGAGUAGAGAAAUAUCGUCGAUAAGUAAUGAAACUGGAUAUUCAUUUAUGUAUUGUAUCUUCAAAGAAGGCCUGUAGUCGAACUUCGUACUUUUAUCGUUUUGCUGCCAUCAGUUAUUUUUAUCAUAUGUUUUACAUAACUAUGAAAACACGUUUUAAUAUUUUCGCACGUGCAUCUAAAGUGCGUUUUCAGUAAUAUUCCUUGUUACGCAACUAGGAAUUGUUUCGUGCAUGGUUGGCAAAUUAAGGUGCUAAAAAUUAUUAAUAAAAAGAAUAUAUAAAAUAUUUUGUUUUGUAACCAAGUUGCUCAUCAUGGAAUAUUAUGAAACAGGAAAAAUAGAAAAUAUUAAAAAAGUUUUUCAUAUAACUGUUAAAAAUAAAAAAAGAGUUUUAUGAAAAUGACGUGUUGAGUUAUUAGGUGAUUUUUAUAAAUAAAUUUUGAUUAUAGCCUUCUUUUGAACUAAAUAGAAGAUCUAAAAUGCCGUAGCUGACAUUUUUGGAGGUGGAACAAGCAGAGUAACGUUAAAUUUUUUUAUUAUUAUUAUUAUUAUUAUCCUAUAAGGAGGUGUGAUGCACCGAUUUGUUUUCUUAUUAAAAAUUUGACUUGCAAUGUAUAACCAUCUGUUGAUGUUGGCUUUUAAAACAAUAUAGAAAAACUUGUUAGUUUUUUUCAUUUCCUAAAUAUUAUGUGGUAUAAUAUGUUUACAGCAAUAGCGUUUAUUCCACCUCCUACUGUUUUUUAAUGUUACUUUAUCACGUAGUACUUGUUGAAUACUUAUAUAUUUGCUGUUUUAUGAUCUUUUUUUAUUAUAUAUUAUCAAGACAAAAUUGUUCGUAUACGCCGUAUUUAGAAAUGCGAUAAUAUUAUUGUAUAGAGUGAAAAGCAUAAUGAUAAUGAGAAUGGAAAUACAAAAUAGUUGUGUAUACCAAGACAAUUAUUUCAAAUAUAGUCAUUACAUGCACCAACUCAGCGAUCAUACUUAUAAAGCAAUCAUACAUAGUAAAGAGUAUAAAUAUGAAUUAAGGGAGAUAGACAAGAAAUAUAUACAUUUAAAUAUACUAUAUGUCACUCAUAUUUGCAUAGAUGCUUGUUAAUAAUUAAUUAUCAGUGGAAGUAAAAUUUGACACCUGAUUUUUUACAUGGUAUUUUGUGUUUCAGUGAUUUUAAAUUUUUGCGUUGCCUGCAUUAAGAGGCUGUUAACACCACAGUUAAAUGCUACUGUUUGGAUUGUACUACUGACAUUGAACGCAUACUUUUAUACGUACAUCGAAAAAUAAAAUACGUUUGAAUUAUCUAAUUUUCACCAUUGACGAUGUUAUUUGUCUUUUAUCAACAACUAUACCCACUUUCUUGAUAACAUCGUGAAUGGCAAAAAAUUAUUUGAAUAUAUUUUGUCUUUUGAUUAAUUGAAAUAGAAAUACAUAUAUGUCUAUAUGUAAAUGAAUUUUUCCGUAAUUAUACUUCUACCAUAUUCAUUCAUAUAAGAGUUUUAUUUACAAAUUCAUGGAUAUAAAGUAUUCAGAAUCAUUAAUUUAAAUCGACUAUUUAAUUUUUCUUUCUUAAAUAAGAUUACUUUUAUGAAUUCCUUUAAAACACAACGUUAUCACCGUAUAAUACAGUCUGCCGUAUAUAGCUUAAAUUCUUAUCACUAAUUUUCUAUCUAAAAUAACAUCGCUGUUUUUUGAGAAAGAGAGACUAAAAGAGUAAUGGCGGAUGACACUGUGAUGUAAAAUGAAAAAAAAUAAGCAAACUGAUAAGUGAACGAACAAAAUAGAAAUCGCCGAUACUAGAACCUUAAUAAUGCGGCCUGCGUUAUACUGCUGUGUGUAUAAUGCUUUUAUAUAUGAUGUAAUGUACCGAAAAAGAAAAAAAAACGGAAUACGGAAUAUCACACUGCCCUAGAGCAAAAAAGUUAAUAAAUUAAUGUGCGCAAAUGGCAAAGAUCCGAGACGCAAAAUCGUAUACAUGGUUUUUUUGUUGCUCCGGAAAAUAAGAACAAAUAACAAUAAACAAGAAUGAAUAGAUAAAAUAAUAAUCGAUGUGCCAUUUUUUAAUACUAAAUAACGGAGAAUAUAAGAUUUAGGAAUUUUUUACAAAUUAUAUUUUUUUUACGCGCAAGCACAUGAAACCUGGAUAACGUGGCACACAUUUUAAUCGUGGUGCUCGACUUAUAAAUAAACAUUAAAAAUAAAUCGUAUGAGAGAAUAAAUAAUGCUUUUGUAGACGGCAAACUUAUGAAAAUGAAACUACAGGAACACAUGCGUAUGUAUGUUGUUCAAAAAAGAGCAGAUUGUCGGAUUGUGAAUAUAUGUACCUUAUUCUCUGCGUAACAGUUGCAAAAAAAAUGAAAACAAGGAUGAAAUCAUGUAAGAAAUAAUAAAAACAGAGAAACCAUAGGCACGUAUUGUGCAUCGAAGGCGCACAACAGUACUCAAAUCUAGAAUUGAAAAGAGCUUUCGCAUUAGUAUCUUACUGGCACCUUUAAAAUGCAUUCUCAAUACAGAUAUGAAUAAUUUUUGGAUUUUAUUUUCUUUGGUUUCAUUUUUUGUCUCUGUCGCUAUGUAUUUCGUAGUUUAUUUUCAAAUUGAAUGUUGUCAUCAGAAAUUUAGCUACAAAUUCUUAGGUGUUAUUCACAAUGAUGUAAGGGGGAAAUAUCCUUUUCUUUUUAGUAACAGAACAUAGAUUUGUAGAUGGUUAGAAAUCAUAAUGUAUUUUAAAAAUGAUAAAUUGUAAGUUACAUAAGAAUAGUUAAUAGUUUUGAUGAUAAGAUAGAUUAUCUGGAUAUUUCUCGUUCUAUACGAGAAUAUAAUUUGUAAGACUCACGCUGGCUCGCAUCUUCGUAGAACUGUAAUAUAUCAGCAAUAAUUAGAUUUCUCAUUUUUAGGCUUAGCUAUAUUUAAAUAAUAAUAAAGUCAUCUAAAAAAAUGCUUAAGGAUAAUCAAUACAGAAAAUGAGAGUCAUAGUGUUUGUACUUUUCGAUACUACUCC